AUGCCGACCACGACCCGGACAUCCGCACACUAUGUGCCCGAUCUCGCGGCCUCGCGCGCUGUCUUCGAUGAUAUCGAGAACAUGUUCCUCCUGACGAAGGACGAUCUCAUGAACAUCACCUCCCAUUUCCUCAAGGACUUUGCCCUCGGACUAGGCGAGUACAACCACCCCAUGGCCAUGAUGCGCGUAUCACUCCAGAUAUUCCUCUCCAUCCCCGUCUUAUGCGUUCUGUACAGUCCCACCUUCGUCACCGGCGUACCAAAUGGUUCUGAAGUCGGGACCUUCCUCGCCCUCGAUCUCGGCGGAACGAACCUGCGUGUCUGCGAAGUCGAGCUGCAGGGAAACCAUCAGUUUGUCCUCAGGCAACAGAAGUACAAGGUCUCCGAUGCUCUCAAGACGGGAGAGGCCACUACUCUCUUCGACUAUCUCGCCGACUCGGUCGAUGCGUUCCUUACCGAAUUCGCAUCUGCUGUACCCUCCAGCCCCUUGCACGAUCAACCGAAUCCCUUCGCCACUCCUGUGGAAUCUAUGGUCGAUACGGCGAUUCCCCUGGGUUUGACGUUCAGCUUCCCCGUAGAGCAGACGGCGCUCGACAGCGGGAAAAUUCUGACGUGGACCAAGGGUUUCUCCGCGAAGAACGCCAUCGGCAACGACGUCGUCAAACUCCUCCAAGACGCAUUCGACAGGAAACAUAUGCACGUUAAAUGUGUUGCUCUCGUUAACGACACCGUUGGUGCAAUGCUUUCGCGAGCGUAUACCAGUGGUGGUUGUAUUCUUGGCAGUAUCUUCGGCACGGGUACAAACGGCGCGUACCUCGAGAAGGUCGAGAAUAUUCGCAAGCUUGGUGAUUCACCGGCACGCAAGAACGGUGAUUUCAUGGUUGUCAACACAGAAUGGGAGCAUUUAACAACACGCGUUCUACCUACUACCCCAUUUGAUAACAAACUUGAUCGUCAAUCAAUAAACCCCCGUCUACAAGCCUUCGAGAAGUUCAUCUCGGGAAUGUACCUCGGAGAAAUUACCCGGAACGUCCUCCUUUCUUUCGUCGACGCGGCACCACGGCCAUUACUUUUCAAUGGUCGCACAAGCAAACAGCUGAACACCCACUAUGGCCUCGACACUGCCGUCAUGUCUGAGGUCGAAACCGCUUGGGAAGCAGGGCGCGAUUCCACCCCUGUAGUCAAGGUCAACGGUGCUGCAGAUGGCUCCGCCGACUGGGCAUCCACCCACUUCACCGAUGUCGCCAAGCUCUCGCCAGAAGACAUCGCGCGAUUGGAGCGCAUCCGCACCGUCAUCAUCCAACAACUAGAUAUGGACGCGGAGGACGUCUCGCUGCGUGACGCAGCGAUCGUGCGCUGGGCAGCGUCGCUCGUUGCGCAGCGUGCCGCAAAGCUCAGCGGAUGCGCCGUCGCGGCGGUGCUCGUCCAAACGGAGCGGGCGAAGCUCGGUGGCGGGUUUGUGCCGGACGAAGAGAAGAUCGGAGUUGGCGUGGACGGCAGUCUUAUCCAACACUACCCGAACUUCAAUGCGCGCGUACGAGACUCGCUAAGGGAACUCGUCGGUGAAGAGGUUGAGAAGAAAGUGGAGAUCGGUCUUGCGAAGGACGGCAGUGGUGUUGGAGCUGCGCUUUGUGCGCUUCAGGCCACCAAGCAAGGACACUAG